AUGGGCCUCGAGAUAGCGAGAUUGCUUGCAUCCCGCGGUGCGACAAUCUCGCUUGCUGAUAUCAACGAGGAGGGCCUAGAGAAGGCGGUCAAGUCUCUGCAGGGUAAUGGGAAGCACAUCUACACAAAAGUGGACGUGACUCAGAGCGCAAGCGUGGAUGCCUGGAUUAAAAGGACUGUUGAAGAGUUGGGCAAGAUCGACGGCGCGGCCAACAUGGCUGGCAUUCUUACUGACCCCAAGCCUGUCACCGACAGCGAUGAUGACGCCUGGGAAAGAACGUUUGCUGUCAACACGCGAGGCGUCUUCAAUUGCAUCAGGGCUGAGCUGAGGGCAAUGAAGGACGGUUCUAGCAUUGUCUCGGCCGCCAGCGUUUGGGGCCAAUUCGGUGCGCCUGGCAAUGCCGCGUACUGUGCAAGUAAAGCCGCUGUCAUUGGGCUUACGAGGACUGCGGCCAAGGAGAACGAGAAGGUCCGAGUGAACUGCGUGUCGCCAGGAUCUGUCGCCACAGCCAUGUCCGUCCAUGAAGAUCCCGCGGAAGUCAGACAGAGAUUGCAGGUCACGGCUCAGAAGAGGAGAGCCCAACCCAUUGAAAUCGCCUACGUUGUCGCAUUCUUGUUGAGCGACGAGUCGAAGUUCGUUACCGGUGCCGUAUACAAUGCCGACGGUGGCUGGGUCUGUUGA